UCACCAUGAGGUACCUUAUAAAUAGUGAUAAAUUGAACAUUCUGACUGAAUUAGAUUCUAAUCGACAACAAGAACUUGCUAAUAAGUAUAAUGUUACUCAACAAGCGAUCUCGAAGAUAAAAAAAAGAAAAGAGUGUUACCAGUCAGUGAUAAAAAGUGAAAAUGUAGCUCGUCGUUCACGUUGUCCAUCAAGUAACCUUUAUACUCUCCUCGACUCUUUAGUGUUUGAAUUCAUUCAAUUAUUAGAAGAAAGAAAUUUACCUGUUGAUGAUAAGCUUAUUAAAGCUAAAGCUCUUUCUGUUGCUCAGAGUUUAGGAUUGAAUUCAUUUGUUGCUAGUGCUAAUUGGUUUAUGAAAUUCAAGAAACGAAACGAUGUGAGACGAUUGAAACAACAUGGUGAAUCUCGAUGUGUCGAUCUCGAAGUUGUGGAGAAUUGGUUUUUGAAAUUACCUGAUAUUGUUAAAGAUUUUGAACCCGAUUGUAUUUAUAAUGCUGAUGAGUCAAGUUUCUAUUGGAAAGCAUUACCAACAUCAUCUUAUCUUACAAGAGGGAGCGAUCAACAUGGAAUCAAACAAUCAAAACUCAGAGUCUCAGUCAUGUUUUGUUGCAAUCGUUUUGGAGGAAAAGAGAAGAUAAUGAUUAUUGGUUUUCGAGCUCGUCCUCAUUGUUUUAAAAAAUUUAAUUAUGAUCUCUCAACUAUCGGUGUUAAUUACAAGUACAACAGUUCAAGCUACAUGACAUCAGCUCUAUUCAAUGAGUGGCUAGUUGAGUGGGAUAAUCGACUGAUUGAAGAAAAAAAAAAGAUUCUUUUGUUUGUUGAUAACUGUCCAGCUCAUAAAUUAACUGCAGACCUGAAAAAUAUCACCUUGAUCAAAUUACCACCUAACACAACAUCACACUGUCAACCUUUAGAUUGUGGUAUCAUAGCUAAUGUUAAGAACUUAUACCGUUCUAAGAUAAUUCAACGACUCGCUCCCUCAGUCGAAAACGACAUUAAUUUGUUAGAUUCACUCAAAGAAUUACAAUUGAUUGAUGGAAUUGAAAUGUUGCAAGGUUGUUGGUUUAAUGUUAAACCAGAUACUAUUGUUAAUUGUUACACUAAAGCUGGAUUUCCAUUAAAUUAGAUUGAACCUAAUAGAUGUCGCUGCAUGUAAAAAAAACAA